AGCGACUGCAAUUCUGCCUGGUUGGUUCUUCUGCUUUUGAUUUUGGAGGAUUCAUAGGAUGGAGGCUAUUUUUCUUUCACUAUCUCUCGCAUUCUUUCGUUAAUUAUUUCUGGUUCUAUGUCUCAAAGGCAAUGCGCUGGGGCUCAAUAACCGGAUUGCGCACUCUAAACAAAGUCUCCCUGGCUUGAAUAUCCUUGUGUUAUUCCUACGUGGCACUGGUACUUUACGGAAGUAGUACGCUGGUGAUUGCUUGGUGGCCUUGACAGAACGUCGGGCACCUACCACCAUGGCGACUCCGUCUUCCAAGCAUCACCCUGGGACAACCCCAACACACCUAGCUGCCUCACCCCACCCGUCCACCGUGCCUAUGGCCCGGCCAUUGUCCCAUAAGUCCCCUUCGACGACAAGAACUCCAUCUGCUUCGGGUGCGCACGUCCACAAUCAGCAGCUAGGCACGUCACAGCAGUAUGCUACACCUCUUACUGUGCCUACAGCAAUUGAUGAUCCGGUCACUUUCAGUUCUCCGUCGGCUUUAUUAGCACUCGGAGCUUAUUCUGGGACUACUCCUUCCCCCGCCGCUCACGACGGCUUAGUGGGACCUGGUAUGAAUGAAAAUGACAUCCAUGCAUUGGGGAUGCACGGACUCAAGCUGGGGACGUCCCGGGAUAGUGAUGAGGAGCGAAGAAGGCACAUAGAGGAGAUCUUACAGCUGUUACGCUCUCGCAUCUCUGGAAGAGGUGUAUGCAGGGAAGGUGUCGAACGACUUGGCCAGCUCGAAGGCUUCGAGUCAAUAUGGCAGGAAGACAACCUCAGUAUCGCUGGGAAUUUCGUUGACCUCGAAAUUGAGUUCUAUCCGGGGCAGGAUACCGUAAAAGAUGUCAGUCUGAAAUAUGCAACUCCCGAAGCUACAGAAGGUCAACGGCGAGAGGGGGCUACGGCUGUAUUGAGGCGCGAUCUUGUACAGUCGCCGGAGGAACGAGAACGAGGACAGUGGAAACCAAUGAAUGGGUUUCAUGAAAAUCUCAAAUGGCUUGCUAAGCUCGAUAGACUCAGCCAAGAAGUUAACUGCUUCGAAGCUAUUGAAGAUCUAUGUGCUAGUUUAAAGCGCAUAUGGGAGGAGGAGAGUAAGCACAUAAAGUAUACAGGGGACUACGGGCAUCUCUGCAGCGGCAGUGUUGGUCGACCGUGUCUUCACAAGGGAGGACGAAUCGGAUUUGGCUUGGAUUAUUGGGUGGAGAGAGCAUCUGUUUUAGAUGCAAAGCAAAAACGAACAUCUCCCGAUGCCAUGGCCAUCGAUCAACCAUCUGGCCAGAUUCACAACGAGGAGCUAGAACACCAGCAUAGAACCUGGGGUGUUAUGAUAGAGUGCGAAGAGGGCUAUCCUCCGCUUCGCAUCUCGAAAAAUUGGGUGAAUUCCGAUGUGCUCACGACCGUGGGCUCUAAUGAGCCAUCCUCUUCGCAUGAAACUGCGCAGCCAGAGGUCACCCUUGUCAAUUGGGCUGACCCGCCGUCGACCUUAUCUUCGAUGAAUGAAAACCAGCAUGAUCCUAUGGCUCUCGGCCCAGGCAUUCUCGGGUCCCCAACGCCGAAUCGCCGGUUCGUUGCUAGGGUAGAGCCUCCUCUUGACGUCCCAGUUUUAGUGGCUUCUGAUAUUUACAGGCUGCUGGAUAGCCAAUUACCACAGGAUUUUAAGAUGGUUACUUACGACAGUCUACUGGUUCCCGGGUGGUCACCGUUGUCUUUAACAGAGACUACGUUCGAAGAAUUCACCCAGCCUACUAAUAAAAACGGGAUCGCUGUAAAUACAUUUGAUUCUUCUGGAAAGCCGUUGACAAAGCGUCACAGUUACUCUUUCCAGGCAUUCGAGUCUGUUGCCGGCCGGACAUUGCAUGACAUUCCAUUUUCGCAUCCGCGGCAGCUUGCCGAUAUCAUUCCGAUUUUGCGCCAGUAUGCCUUGCUGGCAAGUUUCAUUCAGAAGAUUUUUAAUCCUGCAGACGGAAGUGGAACGGGGAAGAAGAACUCUGGCGUGACAGAGUCGAAGAGCCCCCCUGGUGUUCAGCAAACUCGGAAACCAAAGCCUCUGAAUAAUCAGAGUCGCCUUACAAUUCUCAGCAACGAUGACCCCAAUGAAGACAAGCUCAACUCUCUUUUGACCAGCUCUAAAGACAGUGAAGCGCAUAAUGCAGGUCGAGAUGUUAAAAUCGAUAUUACUCUGCGAACGCAGCUGGGUCAAGCACCUGUUAUUAUGCUACUAUUUACUGCUCCUGACGAUGAUAGUACCGGCGACAAAUCGACUAUGGAUACGAAAUUGCUCUGGUUGGACGUAAUUUCCGUCAGUUUUGAGAUUAGGCUCAACGGCCGUAUCUCCAUCGUCGACACAGCGGGAUUAGGGGAGGAGGAGUUAUCUGCAGGUGGUGAAACCCCCGAGACAGAGGAUAAUGGUGCCAGCAGACGGGAGGUGCUGGAGAUGCGAAAGAAAAUGGAGCGGGUGUUAGAGAUAUCCCAGGACCUGGGUAUACUUGUUGAAUGGGUCCUGCGAUGGCUACGGCAGCGCAAGCGAAGUGGGUGAUAGAGUAUGCAGCUAAUGAACACAGUACACUAAGGUAUCACCGCCAGACAUGAAAUGUUAGAGCUGCCCAGGGCUUUCACACAGAUUUGGUAUUCCACGACAGUCAGUACCCAGGAAGAGAUAACAGAUCUUGAUCCCUACAGCCCAGAAAGGGUCGCUGGAGCAUGGAACUCUGUACUACAUGCGAAGGCUACAUAUGACCUUCAGUAUAAUGCGAUUGCUUUUGGAGGGGGAGAGGAGACAAGUGUUUGCUGCGGCUUCAGGGCAGCCUAAAAACUGUGCUGGCGUACGAAGUCGACGUGGCGAAUCCAUCCAGUCUUCUCGGUAGCGC